GCAGACAGAGCGAGCUGGCCUCUGGAGCCCCAAGCCCAGCAGGAAGUGAAGUUCACAGUCAGAGGCCUCAGAGAAACAGCUGCCCACUACUUGGCACUGUGUCCUGAAGGGCUCAUCAUCUCCAACAGAAGCUCUCCUGUUGAAGACAUGGGGCCCUGCGAUGUGCCAAGUCUCAGAAGGGACAAGGCAGCCUGGCGCACGAAGGGGAAGCUUUUACAGGGAGAAGACUCUGGCCUUGAAGUAAAUGAGAGAACAUGGCAGCCAGAAGCAGAGAAGCUCCAGGGCCUGGGCCCAGAAGCCAUGCCUGGAACAGCUGACAAAGUGACCCACCAAUGGGGCAGAAGCCAGCAGAGACCGGGGGAGCAGCGCCAUGACAUCACCAGAAGGCCUAAGUGGCACCGCGUGGGAUGCGACCUGGCCACGUCCUGGAAAGUCUGGAUGGCGUUGCAGGUGACAGCCCCUGAUUUGGCAAACGGGCUCCAAUGCCCCGUUUGUCUGGAGGUCUUUAAGGAGCCCCUCAUGCUUCAGUGUGGCCAUUCUUACUGCAAAGAUUGUCUGGACUCCUUAGCCCACCACCUGGGAAGCCAGCUCUUCUGCCCCGUGUGCCGGCAAGUGGUGCCCGAUGGCAGCAGCUCCCCGCCCAACGUUUCCCUGGCCCAGGUGAUUGAGGCUCUGCACGUCCCAGGCGAGCAGGAGCUGAGCGUCUGUACCCAUCACCGAAACCCACUCAGCCUGUUCUGUGAGAGGGACAGAGAGCUCAUCUGUGGCCUCUGUGGCCUUCUGGGCUCCCAUCGGCAGCACCAGGUCACACCUGUCUCCACCGUGUACAGCCGCAUGAAGGAAGAGCUCUCGGGCCUCAUCUCUGACCUGAAACAACAGCGGGAAGAACUGGAGGAACAUGUCACCAGACUAGGGAACAACAGGACCCGGAUUGCUAACGAGUCCGACGUCUUCAGCUGGGUGAUCCGGAGAGAGUUCCAGGAGUUACACCGCCUGGUGGAUGAGGAAAAGGCCCGAUGUCUGGAGGGCAUCGAGUGUCACAAGCGGGGCCUUGUGGCCUCCAUGGACAUCCAACUGGAGCAGGCCCAGGGUGCCAGGGAGCGGCUGGAGCAGACCGAACGAGUCUUGGAACAGCUGAGUGAGGAGAGCCACCUAGACUUCAUCCAGAAAUACCACACCAUGGCCUCCAGCACGAAGCUCCAGCAGACCCUGCCCCUGGAGGGGACCUUCAACGCCGUCUCUUUCAAGCCCGGCUUCCACCCGGCUGACCUCAAAAUGACCGUGUGGAAGCGGCUGUUCCGCAAGGUUCUGCCGGCAAUGGAGACUCUGAAAUUGGACCCUGCUACAGCCCACCCGCUCCUCCAGCUCUCCAAAGGGAACACGGUGGUAGAGUGUGGCCUCCUGUCUCAGCGGAGUGCCGGCCAUCCCGACGGCUUCGACUACAACACCUGCGUCCUCACCAGCCGUGGCUUCUCCUGCGGCCGUCACUACUGGGAAGUGGUGGUGGGCAGUAAGAGUCGCUGGCGGCUGGGGGUGAUCAAGGGCACCGCCAGCCGGAAGGGCAAGCUGAUCAAGUCCCCCGAGCACGGGGUGUGGCUGAUUGGGCUCAAGGAGGGCCGGGGGUAUGAGGCCUUCCAGUGCCCACGAGUGCUCCUGCCUGUGGCCGGCCACCCUCAUCGGAUCGGAGUAUAUCUGCAUUAUGAACAGGGGGAGCUCACUUUCUAUGAUGCGGACCGCCCCGAGGGCCUCCAGCCCCUGUACACUUUCCAGGCUGACUUCCAAGGCAAACUUUACCCCAUCCUGGACACCUGCUGGCAUGAACGAGGCAACAAUUCCCUUCCCAUGGUUCUGCCCCAACCUCCAGGGCCUGGCCACCUGCCCGCCCUGGAGCACACCAAACUCUAG